AUGUUGAGAAUCGUCGAAAAGAACAAACGUGAUGAGUACAAGCUUGCUCGCAGCAGCCUGGGCUGUAGACACUGGGUGGAUUUUAAGGAUGCCGGAUUUAUCUCACCAUCAAUUCGUCUUACAACCGAAGACGCUGUUAAUGGGUUGAGAUACAACUACACGAAAGGCAAAGAUCCCGAGCCAGAAAAGAUUGAUCCGGGUACCUUCGUAGCAGAUAUACCAAAACAAGUAAAGAAAUUCAAGAAUACUGAUACAAAAGACGCUGGAUCUGGAUCUUAUAGGAGCACGGGCUCCGGUUCCGACUUUGUUAGAAGUCGUCAAAAGACAUAA